AGUAGAAGGAGGCGCUGCUGUCGGCGGAUACAAGAUGACGCCGCCCGCACCAGUGAAUAUGUCUGCAGAUGCUCCAGUUUGCAGUGUUGGGAUUAAUCCUGUGGAUCUUCGUGCUCUUGUGGAGAAUUAACACCGAGUCAGUAGCAAUGCCUGUGAAAGGAGAGGAAUCUCUGUCUAGCUGUGGUUCCCAGGCAGCUGAGGAGGACAUGUCCACUUCAAAGACCGCUCCUCGUGCAGACAAAUAUUCCCCGUCAGCAGCCGCUGUGAAAUUAAAUCACAAUGAGAACAACAAUCUGCUGGCCAAUGGUUCUGCAGGCUGUGCAGUCAAACCAGAGGAGUGUGAUCCUCCACAGGCCUCCUCUAAAGUAAACCCAGAGCAGCCGCAAGCCCCCCAGAAACCCCUCAUAUCCAACACACCAAUGCACGACUCCGGACCUGAAACCAGGGAGCGCCUCAAGUUUAUUCUCGGAGCAUCAGAGGAUAACUCGUCUGACGAGGAAGUAAUGGUAACGAAACCUCCGGACGAUGACGCUCAGCCACUCAUCUCUGCUUUAAAAUCUGGGCUGGAGUCUCCUACAGCGACACCGCCCAGCUCUUCAGUCAUCAAGACUAGCAUGUCUGGUCCUCACUUGGUGAAAAAGGGACGUGAUUAUAGAAAAAUGGAUCUACAGAGAGACUUCACUGUGGCCUCUCCUGCUGAGUUUGUCACACGAUUUGGUGGCAGCCGCAUCAUAGAGAAGGUCCUGAUUGCUAAUAAUGGCAUUGCUGCAGUCAAGUGUAUGCGUUCUAUCCGCCGCUGGUCCUAUGAAAUGUUCCGCAACGAGAGAACCAUUCGAUUUGUUGUCAUGGUAACCCCUGAAGACUUGAAAGCUAACGCAGAAUAUAUUAAAAUGGCCGACCACUAUGUACCUGUGCCCGGUGGCACCAACAAUAACAACUAUGCCAACGUAGAGCUGAUAGUAGACAUUGCUAAAAGAAUCCCAGUGCAGGCUGUUUGGGCCGGCUGGGGCCAUGCAUCUGAAAAUCCCAAAUUGCCUGAACUCCUGAACAAAGCAGGGAUAUCAUUCUUGGGACCAUCCAGUAAAGCCAUGUGGGCUCUAGGAGACAAAGUAGCUUCUUCUAUUGUUGCUCAGAGUUCUGACAUUCCCACACUACCAUGGAGCGGAUCAGGUCUGAGAGUGGAUUGUGCUGAAGAGGACCAAAAACGAGGCAACGUAGUCAUUGUUCCUCCGGAGAUCUACACAAAGGGCUGUGUUCAUGAUGUUGAUGAGGGUUUAGCUGGAGCUGAAAAAAUUGGUUAUCCAGUUGUCAUCAAAGCCUCUGAGGGAGGAGGUGGAAAAGGCAUCCGGAAGGUGGAAAGUUCUGAGGAUUUUCCAAGUUUCUUCAGACAGGUUCAGACAGAGGUCCCUGGAUCACCCAUUUUCAUCAUGCAACUGGCUCAGCAUGCGAGGCACCUUGAGGUGCAGAUAUUAGCUGAUGAGUAUGGAAAUGCCAUCUCUUUGUUUGGACGAGACUGCUCCAUCCAGAGACGGCACCAGAAGAUCAUAGAGGAGGCUCCUGCCACCGUCGCUCCCGCCUCAACUUUAGAGCAAAUGGAGCGGUAUGCUGUGCAAAUGGCCAAAAUGGUGGGUUAUGUGAGUACAGGUACAGUGGAGUACCUCUACUCAGAAGAUGGAAGCUUUCACUUCCUAGAGCUGAAUCCUCGCUUACAGGUAGAACAUCCGUGCACAGAGAUGAUUGGAGAUGUAAACUUACCAGCUGCCCAGCUUCAGAUUGCAAUGGGCAUCCCUCUUCAUCGAAUUAAGGACAUAAGAUUGCUUUAUGAGGAAAGUCCAUGGAGUGACACUAUCAUUAGCUUUGAAUCCCCAGAAUGCAUUCCCAGUCCAAGAGGACAUGUUAUAGCUGUUCGGAUCACCAGUGAGAACCCAGAUGAGGGGUUCAAGCCCAGCUCUGGCACCGUACAGGAGUUGAACUUCCGCAGCAGUAAAAACGUCUGGGGUUAUUUCAGUGUGGGGGCUGCUGGUGGCCUUCAUGAAUUUGCAGAUUCACAGUUUGGACACUGCUUCUCAUGGGGAGAGAAUCGUGAAGAAGCCAUCUCGAACAUGGUGGUGGCUAUGAAGGAGCUGUCAAUCAGAGGGGACUUCAGGACAACGGUUGAGUACCUCAUUAGGAUUCUUGAGACCGAAAGCUUCAGAAACAAUGACACAGAUACCGGCUGGCUGGAUCACCUCAUAGCAGAGAAAGUGCAGGCAGAGAGACCAGAUACCAUGUUGGGCAUCGUCUGCGGGGCGUUGCAUGUUGCAGAUGCCAGUUUCAGAAAGAGCAUGUCAGACUUCCUGCAUUCCUUGGAAAGAGGUCAGGUACUGCCUGCAGACAGUCUACUCAACUCUGUCAACGUGGACCUGAUAUAUGAAGGAGUCAAAUACUGCCUUAAGGUGGCUCGCCAAUCCCCAACUACGUAUGUCAUCGUGAUGAAUGGUUCCCACAUUGAAAUAGAUGUCCACAGGCUAAGUGACGGCGGCCUCCUGCUGUGCUACAAUGGCAGCAGCCACACCACCUACAUGAAGGAGGAAGUAGACAGCUACCGCAUUACUGUUGGCAACAAGACCUGUGUGUUUGAGAAGGAGAGAGAUCCCACAGUGUUGAGGUCACCCUCUACUGGCAAGCUGCUGCAGUACGUGGUUGAGGAUGGACAUCACAUUAAAGCAGGAGAGCCCUAUGCAGAGAUAGAGGUGAUGAAGAUGGUGAUGACGCUCACCGUGCAGCAGUCUGGUUACAUACACUUUGUCAAAAGGCCUGGGGCAGUCUUGGAGCCUGGCUGUGUCAUGGCACGUAUGGACCUAGAUGAUCCCAGCAGUAUACACAGGGUGGAACCUAAUACUUGUACGCUGCCCCCCCAGCAACCACUUCCCAUGGUUGGAGAAAAGCUUCAUCAGGUGUUUCACAGUGUGCUUGAAAAUCUGCUCAGAGUGAUGGAUGGGUACUGCCUUGAAGAGCCUUACUUUAGCAGCAAACUGAAAGAAUGGGUGGUGACUCUGAUGAAGACUCUGAGGGACCCCUCGCUGCCUCUGCUAGAGCUCCAGGAGAUCAUGACCAGCGUGGCCAGUCGUAUUCCACCUUGUGUGGAGAAGGAGAUCCGUAAAGUCAUGGCUCAGUAUGCGAGCAACAUCACCUCUGUCCUGUGCCAGUUCCCCAGUCAAAGGAUUGCAAACAUUUUAGACAGCCAUGCUGCAACGUUACAGAGGAAGGUUGAUCGAGAGGUUUUCUUCAUGAACACUCAAAGUAUCGUUCAGUUGGUGCAGAGAUACCGCAGUGGAAUCCGUGGUUACAUGAAGUCUGUGGUUCUUGAUGUGCUGAAGCGCUACCUGCAGGUGGAGAUGCAGUUUCAGCAAGCCCACUAUGAUAAGUGUGUGAUCAACCUGAGAGAGCAGCACAAACCUGACAUGAGUCCUGUGCUCGACUACAUUUUCUCUCACGCUCAGGUGUUCAAGAAGAACGUCCUGGUUACGAUGCUCAUUGACCAGCUGUGUGGACGUGAUCCCACCCUGGCAGAUGAACUCAUGGUCAUUCUGAAUGAACUCACACAGCUGAGCAAGAUGGAAAACUCAAAGGUGGCUUUAAGAGCCAGACAGGUCUUGAUAGCCUCCCAUUUGCCAUCGUAUGAACUGAGACACAACCAGGUGGAGUCCAUCUUCUUGUCGGCCAUCGACAUGUACGGCCACCAGUUUUGCCCUGAAAACUUGAAGAAACUCAUUCUGUCUGAAACCUCCAUUUUUGAUGUUUUGCCAAACUUCUUCUAUCACUCCAAUCAAGUUGUUUGUAUGGCUGCCUUGGAGGUGUAUGUUCGCAGGGGUUACAUUGCCUAUGAGCUGAACAGCAUCCAGCACCAUCAGCUACAGGAUGGGACAUGUGCUGUAGACUUCCAGUUCAUGUUGCCAUCAUCACAUCCAAACAGGCUUCCAGUGCCACUGAGUGGAUCAGGCCAGUUUAACGUCAAUCGGCAGGGCAGUGAGCUGUUAAUGGAUGGAGCCUUUUCUCCACCCUGCCAACGCAUGGGAGCUAUGGUGGCUUUCCAGUGUUUUGAGGACUUCAAAAGGAAUUUUGAUGAGGUUUUGUCGAGUUUCGCUGAACCACUUUUGGAGGGCGCUCCAUUCUUGGAGUCAUGCUCGAGUUUCUAUGAGGAGGAGAACAUGAAGAACACAAGAGAGAACCCCAUCCACAUCAUUAACGUAUCCAUAAAAUCAGCGGACACAGAGGACGACGAUGCCUUGGUCAAAGCCUUCACUGCCUUCGCUCAGUCAAAGAAAGACAUCCUCUUUGAGUAUGGAAUCAGAAGAAUCACAUUUUUGAUUGCACAAAAGAGAGAAUUUCCCAAGUUCUUCACAUUCAGAGCUCGUGAUCAGUUCCAAGAGGAUCGAAUUUACAGAAAUCUGGAGCCAGCUUUAGCGUUUCAGCUGGAGCUCAACAGAAUGAGGAAUUUCGAUCUGACCGCCAUUCCCUGUGCAAACCAUAAGAUGCACCUCUACUUGGGUGCCGCUCGUGUCCAAGAGGGAGCUGAAGUUACAGACUACCGCUUUUUCAUCCGAGCAAUUAUCCGCCACUCCGAUCUCGUUACAAAGGAAGCUUCCUUUGAAUACCUUCAAAAUGAAGGUGAACGUCUUCUGUUGGAAGCCAUGGAUGAGUUGGAGGUGGCCUUCAGUAACACCAGCGUCCGCACAGACUGCAACCACAUCUUCCUUAACUUUGUCCCCACUGUCAUCAUGGACCCGUCUAAAAUAGAAGAAUCGGUCCGCUCCAUGGUGAUGCGUUAUGGCAGUCGUCUUUGGAAGCUGCGGGUCCUGCAGGCUGAGCUGAAGAUCAACAUUCGUCUCACACCCACUGGCAAUGCCAUUCCUAUUCGCCUGUUUCUCACGAAUGAAUCCGGCUAUUAUUUGGACAUCAGUCUGUAUAAAGAGGUCACUGAUCCUAUUUCUCGGCAGAUUAUGUUCCAGUCAUACGGAGACAAGCAGGGUCAAUUACAUGGUAUGCUGAUCAAUACUCCUUAUGUGACCAAAGACCUGCUGCAGGCCAAACGAUUUCAGGCUCAGUCUCUGGGAACUACAUAUGUUUAUGACUUCCCUGAGAUGUUCAGACAGGCUCUUUUUAAGCUGUGGGGUCCAGGGGACAAGUGCCCUAAUGAUGUGUUGAUGUGCACGGAGCUUGUUCUAGACCCAGAAGGUCGACUUGUGCAGAUGAACCGCCAGCCUGCAGACAAUGAUGUGGGGAUGGUUGCCUUCAGGAUGAAGAUGAAGACUCCAGAGUAUCCAGUGGGCAGAGAGAUUAUUGUCAUCUGUAAUGACAUCACUCACAUGAUUGGGUCGUUUGGUCCUCAGGAGGAUGAACUGUUCCUCAGGGCGUCUGAAUUGGCUCGGGCUGAAGGUAUCCCCCGCAUCUACAUCGCAGCCAACAGUGGAGCUCGCAUCGGGCUCGCUGAAGAGGUCAAACACAUGUUUCAGGUGGCCUGGAUAGACCCCUCUGAUCCCUACAAGGGUUUUAGGUACCUUUACCUGACACCACAAGACUACACCCGCAUCAGCUCCACCAACUCUGUUCACUGUUGCCAUGUAGAGGAGGGAGGAGAGUCGAGGUACAUUAUCACUGACAUUAUUGGGAAAGAUGAAGGUCUCGGUGUUGAGAACCUGCGAGGUUCAGGGACCAUUGCAGGAGAGUCUUCUCAGGCCUAUCAAGAGAUUAUUACCAUCAGUAUGGUGACGUGUCGUGCCAUUGGAAUUGGAGCCUAUCUGGUCCGUUUGGGGCAGCGAGUGAUCCAGGUGGAGAACUCUCACAUCAUCCUGACUGGAGCAAGUGCACUUAACAAGGUUCUGGGCAGAGAUGUCUAUACCUCCAACAACCAGCUGGGGGGAGUUCAGAUCAUGCACAAUAAUGGAGUCUCACAUACAUUUGUGCCUGAUGAUUUUGAGGGAGUCUUCACCAUCCUUCAGUGGCUCUCAUACAUGCCAAAGAACGUACACUCCCCUGUUCCCAUUAUAGCCACUACAGAUCCAGUAGACAGGGAGAUAGAAUUUACUCCAACAAAAGCCCCCUAUGAUCCCCGCUGGAUGCUCGCUGGCAGACCGCACCCCAUGUUGAAAGGCGCCUGGCAGAGUGGAUUCUUUGACCACGGCUCUUUCAUGGAGAUAAUGGAGCCUUGGGCUCAGACGGUCGUAGUGGGAAGAGCAAGGUUAGGAGGAAUUCCUCUUGGUGUCAUUGCAGUAGAAACACGAACAGUCAAGCUCACAAUCCCUGCAGAUCCUGCAAAUCUGGACUCUGAAUCUAAAGUUUUGCAACAGGCUGGUCAGGUGUGGUUUCCAGAUUCUGCUUUUAAAACCGCUCAGGCGAUCUGUGACUUCAACCGUGAACACCUGCCUCUCAUGGUGUUUGCCAACUGGAGGGGCUUCUCUGGGGGAAUGAAAGAUAUGUAUGACCAAGUCCUGAAGUUUGGAGCCUACAUUGUUGAUGCCCUACAUGGUUUCCAUCAGCCGGUGUUUGUGUAUAUACCACCACAGGCUGAGCUGAGAGGAGGAUCAUGGGUAGUGAUAGAUCCCACCAUCAACCCUCUGUGCAUGGAGCUUUAUGCUGACAGGGAGAGCAGAGGCGGGGUGUUGGAGGCCGAGGGCACAGUGGAAAUUAAAUUCAGGAGAAAGGACCUUCUGAAGACCAUGAGAAGGCUGGAUUCGGUUUAUGCCAGCCUGGUUGAGCAGCUCGCUUCUCCAGAGCUGUCUCAGAAAGAAGGCAAAGAGCUGGAGGCGAAGCUCAAAGCCAGGGAAGAAUUUCUGGUACCCAUCUACCACCAGGUGGCAGUGCAGUUUGUUGACCUCCAUGACACUCCGGGCAGAAUGCAAGAAAAAGGGGUCAUCACUGAUAUUUUGGACUGGAAAAAUGCACGGACCUUUUUCUACUGGCGCCUGCGUCGCCUCCUGUUGGAGCAGGUGGCCAAGUGUGAGAUUCUGCAGGCCAACAAGGAUCUGAGUGACGGACACAUGCAGUCCAUGCUGCGGAGGUGGUUCGUUGAAACCGAGGGAACAGUUAAGGCUUACCUUUGGGAUAAUAACCAAGCUGUGGUCGAGUGGCUGGAGAAACAUUUGUCCGUGGAGGACGGCACCCAUUCAGUCAUCCGAGAGAACAUCAAGUACUUGAAAAGAGAAAACGUUUUGAAGCACAUUCGCAGCUUGGUGGAGGCUAACUCUGACAUCGCCAUGGAUUGCAUCAUCCACAUGAGUCAGAACAUCUCUCCCUCCCAGAGGGCCAAGCUGUCACAUCUGCUCGCCACUAUGGACAACACCAGCACCAGUUAAACUGUGGGACGUUAUCAGGUUACAUUAUUAAAAACAAUACACUAUUGUAGUCUGCUGUACUGUUGAAGUGUAGAAGCACUUAUUCACUUUGGUUGUAAAUGGUGUAAAACUUCUAAAAGAACACAACCCAGGAUUUUAUUAAGUAUUAUUUGUAAAAAAAAUAAAUGCACAAAAGUAGUGGGUUGUGUAUCACGAGUUUGAAAGUGUCUUUUAAGUUGAGCAUGAAAUCAUUUCAGCUGUUUCCGCACAUUUUAUUUGACUGUAUUUAAACACAAAAGUAACCAGUGUUAAACAUUUCUUAACAAAUAUGUCUAAUGAAGUAAGAUUUAUUAGACUUCAGAAAGUACUUGAUUUAUGGGUGCUAGUUGUAAUUUUUAGUUGAAGA